CGUGAGGGCGGGGUGGAUGAUUCGGCGCUCGGCUGGUCGCGCAGGCGCGGGCGGCGCGCUCGGCGCUCGGCCGGUCGCGCCUGCCGCACAAUGAAUGGCCGCUGAGCGCGGCGGCCCCGGGAGCGGCUCCGGCAGCGGCCGCGGCCCCAGCGCAGCGCCCCCGGCCCCCGGCCCCGCCCGGCCCCCGCCAUGGCGCAGACGCUGCAGAUGGAGAUCCCCAACUUCGGGAACAGCAUCCUGGAGUGCCUGAACGAGCAGCGCCUGCAGGGGCUCUUCUGCGACGUCUCGGUGGUGGUGAAGGGCCACGCGUUCAAGGCGCACCGCGCCGUGCUGGCCGCCAGCAGCUCCUACUUCCGAGACCUCUUCCACAGCUCCAAGAGCGCCGUGGUGGAGCUGCCGGCCGCCGUGCAGCCCCAGAGCUUCCAGCAGAUCCUCAGCUUCUGCUACACCGGCCGCCUCAGCAUGAACGUGGGCGACCAGUUCCUGCUGAUGUACACCGCCGGCUUCCUGCAGAUCCAGGAGAUCAUGGAGAAGGGCACCGAGUUUUUCCUCAAGGUGAGCUCUCCCAGCUGCGACUCUCAGGGGCUGCACGGGGACGACACGCCGGGCUCGGAGCCGCAGAGCCCGGUGGCGCAGACCUCGGCGGGGCAGGGCUGGGCGGCGGCGCUGCCCUUGGUGUCGCGGGUCAAGACGGAGCAGGGCGAGCCCGACGGCGUGCAGUGCACCUUCGUGGUCAAACGCCUCUGGGACGGGGCCACCAAGGACUCCGGGGGCAACGGCAGCAGGAAAAUGGCCAAAUUCUCCGAGGCGGCGCCGCGCCCGCCCGCCGCCGCCGCGCCCGCUGCCGCCGGUGGCACCACGCCGGUGCCGGUGCCGGUGCCAGCCCCGGUGCCGGGCACGGCUGCUGACCAGACCAGCCCCGGGGGAACGUCCAGUGCCUACACCAGCGACAGCCCCGGCUCGUUCCACAACGAGGAGGACGAGGAGGAGGACGCGGCGGAGGAAGGCUCGGACGAGCAGUACCGGCAGAUCUGCAACAUGUACACCAUGUACAGCAUGAUGAACGUGGGGCCUGCAGCCGCAGAGAAGGUGGAGGCCCUGCCCGAGCAGCCCCCCCCGGAGCCCCGGGCCCGCCCCCGCCUGCGCCAGGACCUGGCGUCGCUGCCGGCCGAGCUCGUCACCCAGAUCGGCAACCGCUGCCACCCCAAGCUCUACGACGAGGGAGACCCCGCCGAGAAGCUGGAGCUGGUCACCGGUACCAACGUGUACAUCACGCGGGCGCAGCUGAUGAACUGCCACGUCAGCGCGGGCACGCGGCACAAGGUGCUGCUGCGCCGCCUGCUCGCCUCCUUCUUCGACAGGAACACGCUGGCCAACAGCUGCGGGACGGGGAUUCGCUCGUCCACCAACGACCCCAGCAGGAAACCGCUGGACAGCCGGGUGCUGCACGCUGUCAAGUUUUACUGCCAGAACUUCGCCCCCAACUUCAAGGAGAGCGAGAUGAACGCCAUCGCGGCCGACAUGUGCACCAACGCGCGGCGCGUGGUGCGCAAGAGCUGGAUCCCCAAGCUGAAGCUGCUCAUGGCCGAGGGCGACUCCUACACCUCCUUCAUCAACGACACGGGCAAGCUGGAGCCCGACCUCAUGGGCCCCGAGCCCCCUUUCGAGGCGGGGGGCUCGGAGCCGGAGGGGGGGGCCGGCGGGGGAGGGGCUGCAGUGAGCCCUGCCCGCCCCUGAGCCCAUCCCCCCCAAAGUGGGGAGGGGGGUUCUGCCUGGAAUUGGGGGGAGGGGGUGUGCAGCGGUGUCCUCUCCACCCCCACGAUGCACCCAGUAGGAGUAGGGACCCCCCCCCCGGAGAUGGUGAGGGGGGUGGGGACCCCCCCCCUCAGGGGCAGGGACCCCCCCCCCCAAAGUGACCCCCCCGAGGGGCAGGGACUCCCCCAAAAGUGGGGAGGGGGUUCCGCCCUGAAUUGGGGGGGGUGCAGUGAUGUCCCCACCCCCCCAAAGCACCCAGUAGGAGUAGGGACCCCCCCCCCCAGACAUGGUGAGGGUCUGGGGACCCCCCCCCCAGACAUGGUGAGGGUCCCAGCAGCGAGGGACCUGUGUGGUUUAGGGACCCCCCCCCAAUUCAGAUGGGCACUCCCAGGGGCAGGGGACCCCCCCCAGUGACCCCCCCCAGGGGCAGGGACCCCACACUGAGGCCCCGGUGGGUCCUGUCCCAUCCCCCCCCCCCCAAUUUGGGGGGUCUUUUGGGGAGGGGGGGGGCAGCAGCCUCUCGGCACAAGCGCAGCUGCCCCCCCCCAGCAUUCGGGGGGGGGUCUGGGGUCCUGUGCCCCCCCCCAGGGGCCCCCCCCCCCCCACGUGCUCCCCCUGUUCCCCUCCUGGCACCCCGCAUGUGUGACCCCCCCCCCCACCGUGUGCCCCCCACCCUCCCCAGGGACCCCCCUGGCUCUGGGCAGCCCCCCCCGCAUGUGUCCCCCCCCCCCCCCAGGUGACCCCUCCCCCCCCCAGGUCACCUGUCCGUGUGUCCCCAGGUGUGUCACAAAGGGGGGGAGGGGCUGUCACCUGUCCGUGUGUGCCCCCCCCCCAAAAAAAAAAAAAAGGAGCCGGGACUGCCAAAGUGGGAGGGGUCCCCCUUAUUGCCCCCCCCCCCACGCUGGGGGGGAUGGGGGGGCACGGGGACCCCCCCCUCCCCUCCCCCCCAGGGCUUGGCUCCGGCUUCGCUCCGCAGGGGAAACUGAGGCACGGUUUGGUGAGAACCCCCCUGGGAGCUGGGGGGGGGUCACCAGGAGCUUCCCCCCCCCCUCCCGCUCAGCCUGGGGGGGCCGGGGGUCUCCCCAGGUGUGUCCCCCCCCCUCCCCCCCCAGGUCUCCUGACGUUUGGUCAAGUGCCUUACCCGCCCCUCCCCCCGGGCUCCCUCCGCGUCUCCGCUGCCCCCCCUCCCCCCCCAGCACGGGGUGGGGGCACAGGGACCCCUCCCCAAAACCCCAACCCCCCCCCCGCGGCCUGGGAUCCCCCCUUCCCCCCCCAUCCCCGUGCCUCAGUUUCCCUUUUUCCUGCCGGUGCCCGAGGAAGGGGGGGGGGGGGCUCCCUGCUGUUCCCCCCCCUCCCCAGCCGCCCCCUCCCCAAAAACGGGGCCCAGCUCUUCGUUCGCCCCCUUUGCUGUACAGAAUUUGGGGAGGGGGCCGCGCAUGGACCCCCCCCCCCUCCCCCCCCGUGCUUGGCUUCCCCCC